UCUGGCCGAAGAAGAAGCCCCAGCAGCUCCAUGAUAAACAACCCAGGUUCUCCAUUGUUUUGGUCGGUUUUGUUAGACAUUAGAUGUGCUGUGCAGCCCCCCUUACUCUUAUAGUGAAAGGAUACCCCUCUCCCUGCUGGGGUCGUUUUGGCGGUCUGCAUCAGUAAGAAUCUCUCGCUGAGAAGUCCAUAAUAACCGGUUUGCAGCUGCGGGUCGAGGAGCAUCCUCCCUGGUGGACGAGGCUGUUUCUUCAUUCCUUCUUAUGUCGGAGUCGCCUGGGACCGUUCACGAUGCCGUUAGGGUUGAAGCCGUGCUGCGCUGUCUGUAAGACGAACUCCUCCUCCAUGUGGAAGAAGGGGCACCAGGGGGAAAUCCUGUGUAACAACUGCACCGGCAGGAGCAGCGGCGGUGCAGCCCCAGGACCGUCCGUGUCAUCCAGCACGCAGCCCAGCAAUGGCGGGGGGAAGCAGUCUAAGCAGGAGAUCCACAGGAGAUCUGCACGGUUGAGAAGCACCAAGUACAAAGCUCCUGCCUCUGAGAAGAAAGUGUCAACGAAAGGAAAAGGAAGAAGACAUAUAUUUAAACUAAAAAAUCCAAUCAAAGCACCAGAAUCUGUAGCAACAAUCAUCACAUCAGAAUCAGUCUUUUAUAAGGGUGUGUACUACCAGACCGGUGAUGUGAUCAAGGUGAUAGAUGAAGAGGAUGGGAAACCCUACUAUGCUCAGAUUCGAGGAUUUGUUCAGGACCAGUACUGUGAAAAGAGUGCAGCACUAACGUGGCUAAUUCCCACUCAGGCCAGCCCUAAAGAUCAUUUUGAUCCUGGGACGUACAUUGUUGGUCCAGAAGAGGAUCUGCCCAGAAAGAUGGAGUUCUUGGAGUUUGUGUGCCAUGCGCCAUCUGAAUAUUUCAAGUCACAGAGCUCCCCGUUUCCCACCAUCCCCAUACGUCCUGAAAAAGGCUACAUCUGGACCCACAUAGGACCCACGCCAGCUCUCGCUGUCAAAGAUUCUGUCAGGGGUGGCAGUUAACAGGACUAUUUAUAUAACAGGAAUAUAUAAUUUUCUAUUUGUUAAUAAACCAGCUUUUUCCACCA